CACCCAUUCGAUCCACGCUCCGGGAAGCAAUUAAUAAAAGCUUGGCUAUUCCCCCCAACGCCAGCGUACCUACUUCACAGAGCAAAGCAAACUGCAUCAGAAGCCUUUACUUCCCUUCUCUCGGCUUCUCCUUACUUUUCUUUGCUCUCCACCAGCUCUCUGCUCUGCUCCUCUGCUCUCUGUCGCUUUUUCCACCAUAAAAAUCCCACCUUUAGAUAUUUCUCUUCACCUCUCUUCUUCCAGUGGGUAAAGGCUGGAGAUUUGGAGAGAGGUGGAGGAGAGAUGGAAGGCCGGUUGAGGAAGUACGGCGGGCAAGCGAGUCCGGAGAGGUCGAGGGCGUGGGUGGAGCCUCCGCCGCCGCCGCCGCCGUCGCCACCGCCGCCGCCGAAGCAGUACCAGGGGAGAAAGAUUCCGGUGGUGUAUUACCUCUGCCGGAACCGCCACCUCGAACACCCCCAUUUCAUCGAAGUUCCCAUCGCCUCCCCCGAAGGGCUCUACCUGAGAGAUUUCAUUAAUCGUCUCAAUGUGCUGAGAGGAAGGGGCAUGGCCGCCAUUUAUUCAUGGUCUUGUAAGAGGAGCUACAAGAGUGGAUUUGUGUGGCAUGACCUCUCCGAGGAUGAUCUUGUGCUCCCAGCUCACGGCAACGAGUAUGUCCUCAAGGGUUCUGAGCUCUUGGAUCAAUCCUCUUCAGAUCGGAUUCAUCACGGCAAUGGCAACCCAAAAUUGCAUAACUCGAAGCCCACACAGCAAGAAAACCCCACAUUUUCUCGAAUCCAAGAAGCUUCUUCUUCCUCCCCACCCACUGUUGUCAUUAAAGAGACAAAGCCUCCACCUUCGCCGCCUACUUCUCGAGAAGAUGAGCACUCUCCCUCAUCUCACAAGGCCGGUUCCUCUGGCAACAUAUCACCGGAACUCGGACCCAAAAGACCUCCCUCAUGGGAGGUCGAUUCCCCUGGCACCACGGAGUACAGGGUCUACAAGCCGAUUAGUGCUGCAGAUGCUUCCACCCAGACUGAUGAGAGGGGUGGAAGGAGGACCCGUGGAGGUCCUGGUACCUGCAUUCGAGGCGUAUCAACUGAUGAUGGCCCAUUGGAUCUUGAGUUUGAUGAGAGACACAGGAGCCAUCGCCUGCAUCCUAAGGAUGGGUCUGAGAUGGGAGGGGAUGAGAUCUCCCCUCCGCCGACCUCGUCGAGUGCAUCCUCCACUUCUGGUGGGAAGACAGAGACAUUGGAGUCUUUAAUUAAAGCAGAUGUUGGUAAGAUGAACAGCUUUAGGAUAGUCGAGGAGGAGGAAGUGCUUGUCUCCAAUGGGCCGAAGCUGAAGGCCACAAAUGUCUUGAUGCAGUUGAUUACAUGUGGAUCAAUCUCUGUGAAGGAUCAUCAGAGCUUUGGGCUUGUUCCAACGUACAAGCCGAGGUUCUCCCACAUGAAGUUCCCAUCGCCGAUGUUUGCAAACUCCAUGAUGCUGGGAGAGCUUGACUGCCUAUCAGAGAAUCCAAGGCUGAUGGGAUUGAGGAUGGAAGACAAGGAGUACUUCAGUGGGAGCUUGAUAGAAACUAAGAAGCAUAAAGAGGAAGUAGGGCAAGGUGUUCCUAUUCUGAAGCGAUCUUCUUCAUACAAUGCGGACAGGAGCAGCAAGUCACCAGAUUCCAGAAGGGAUAAGGAAAAGGCAGUGGAUUCAUCACGAUCAAAAUGCCUCCCUCGUACAAUUAAAAAGACUUCCAACAAGCAGCCCAAGAAUGAAAAAAUGAGGUCACCUAUUUCAGAUGGCCCAAGGAACUCUUCAGCUGGAGCAGACACCCAGUCAUCAAAAGGUGGAAGCAGACGGAUAACUGAUACUUCCUCGGUGAAAGGAUCAUCCAUGAGGUUAGAAUCGUUCAGAGAAGAAAAGGAUAAGGUGAUCAAGAUCGAGGAAAGGCUUACUUCUGGAGCUCGGGUUAUAAUUCAAUCUAGAGCACCAUGUGAUGAUAGUGAGGAGGGAUCUGUUUGAUAAGAGAAGUGUUCUUAUGCAUCUUGCGUAUUAUUUCUGUCCCACGUACUCUACAGCUGAGUGUGGAGAGGAGCUGGUUGUAAUUUCCAAAAUGGUUGUAAGUUUUAGUUCAAUUUUUGUGGUACCGAGUAGUUUUAAAUCAUAAUUUUCUUUCUGCCAACCACUGUUUUGUUUGCAGUUCCUUGUUUUUGAGAACUGUCUGAAGAAUGUAGCUGCAGUCCUUUGUUUACCUUACCCAUACCCUUCUAGCCUUGUCCCAAUAACUUAACGUCAACUUUAUGGAUCCUUGUUUGCAAAG